CAUUUCAGAAGCCUAAGCAAAACAGAAAUGUAAAAACAAAUUUUUUAAGACAUUGAUUAUAUUAUAUUACCAAGUGAUAUACAUGACCAAUAGUCAAUGGGUAAUAUGCUAGAAAUUUGUAUUUUUGUUAGAAGCAAAAUAUGUUACUUACGUCUUUCCAAUUAUUUGUUUAUAGGAGGCCUUUUUCACCUAGGAAAGCGUUUGCUUUUGAGCUAAUGCCCUAAGGAAAAGAUAACCCUAAAAAAAAACCCUCAAUCCCCAAACUCGUGAAGGGGGAGUACUUGACACAGAGGUCAGUUUGUGUCCACUUGGAACCUGUGGGGACUUGGCACCCCUCACAGUAUUUGCCUUCACUGCGUUACGCUGCACUGCCGCAGUGCGACUUUUUAUUUCAUCCCAACUCGUGGGAACAAUAUGGAGAAAAAAUACCGGCUUGAGAAAUUGGCAAAUACAAACGAAUCGGAAAUUGGAAACAUUGGAGAGAACGGAAAACGGAACCACAAUACUCAACAUGAAGCAGGGUCAAAUGUUUCUAUUGAAAAAAUAAGCUCGGAUGACUCUGAAAAAAAGGUCUCAAUCGCAGAUACCUAUUCGCUUAGUCAGCAAGAACAGUAUUUACUCGUUCAGAACGAUGAUGAUGAGACCGUCAACGAUUCUGAGACUGAUGAUGAUGAAGACGGCGACGUGUUUAAAUCUACUGAGCUACAGUCGAGGAGUCAAUAUUUUCGUUGGCCAGUCGGAUCGCCGUUCUCGGAGUUGGAGCCUGUCGAUGGUACCUGAACACAUUCUCCGACUCCGAUCACCCACGACGGGACAGAUUUCACAGACGUAUUGCACUGGGUCGGCGUUGACGCGUGAGACCCUCUGGCUGCUCGGUGAGCGUCCGGCGGCAGUACGGUCGCGUACUCGCGUGGAGCCACGGACUCGCGCCAGCGAUGGCGACUCAUUACGGCGGCAGCGGAGUGAAUGGUAGUGAUGUGUGUCAGCCGCUAGGAUCACGGAAGUCAGCGCUGCUGUCUGCCGGACCCUCAUAAACGAUGACGACGAAAACGCCAGGGCGAAAAUUACCGAGAUUCGAGGUCAGCGGUGAGUUGCGCCGCGGUCCGCUGACGAUCGGCCUUUGCCAUGCGGUUAUCUCACGUCGACAAGGUCGCUUGUCCAUCGUGGUGACCGCCGAUUGCGCAGGCUCCAGAACUCGAUCCGCUCGCUCCGUUUCUGCCGGGUCAGAGUCGUCACCAUCAAGUAUCGACCGUCAAAGCGCACUACAUCGAGCACCAGUCGCCGCUGUUUGUAGCCUUCGGCAGUGAGUUCGGCCGUCGCUCUCGUGGCCGUCUCAGUCUGGCCUCGGCGGCUGGGAAAGGCCGUCACGUGUCCGAGCAAACUUGCUCGUCGACGCUCGGACCGGUCGUGGGAACGUUGUGGAGG